AAUUUAAUUAUAAAAAAAGUCCAAAAUGUAUUCGAAAAAUCUAUGAAAUAUACUUUGUUUUGUGAUUUUUAUAUUUAUAGUUUUUUGGCGAUUCUAACUUUGUUCUAACUUUUAAUUUACCUAGUUUUAUUCAAAGUUAUCUUCAAUACUCUGGCAAUAUCCUAAGUGUCAGUCAGAAGUCAGAGACAACAGAGUGUGUACAUCCGUUAAAUUUUUAUUUCACUUUCUUUUAAAAGUUUCAAACGCUUUAAAGUAUAAAUCUCAGUUUACAUAAUAAUGAUGAAACAUUUACAGAUUACUGUGAAAUAUUUACAUUGGUGUAAACAUCGUAAAGAUAACCUAAUCUUAUUAAACUUCAAAAAGGAUUUUUCUUUCAAACGUCAAAAGAGAUACGUAGCGUAGUGAGGUUAGAAUUUUGGUCGUAUUUACUUCAGUGGCGUCAAUCAAAAUCUUUAUAAAUGGGAUCCUUAGAGAAACCUGAAUUCGUAGAAUCUACAUAUUUAGCGCCUUUAAUAGCGGGCGCGUUGGCAGGGAUCUCGGUAGAUGUGGCCCUGUAUCCCUUGGACACGCUAAAAACACGGCUACAGAGUGAACAGGGUUUCCAGAAAGCUGGAGGCUUCAGAGGGGUGUAUAAAGGGCUACUAACAGUGGCAACAACUUCCAUGCCAACAACAGCUCUAUUCUUCAUGUCAUAUGAGGCUACUAAGAAGCUAGGUGAGCCCCUGGUGGCCCCACAGUAUGCUCCGCUGGUCCACAGUGCUGCGGCUUGUGUUGCUGAAGUGUUAGCGUGUGUAAUCCGAGUGCCGACCGAGAUCGCCAAGCAGCGCAAGCAGACGUACGUCGGCAGUGAGAAGAAGAGCAGCAUCCGGAUAUUAGUUAAGGCUUACCAAACUGAGGGUCUCCGGAGAGGCGUGUACCGCGGGUUCUUCUCAACAGUCGCUCGAGACCUGCCCUUCAGCUUCCUAGAACUGCCCUUAUGGGAGUUUCUCAAGACGCAAGUGCGCCAACAUAACGGCGGGGAUAUAACGAGUUUUCAAAGUGCGGCGUGCGGCGCGCUGGCGGGCGCGCUGGCGGCGGCCGCCACCACGCCGCUCGACCUGGCCAAGACGCGCAUCAUGCUCGCCCCCGACUACGGCCACCAGCGCAAGCUGAGGAUCAAACCUAUACUCCGCAGUAUAUACGCUGAAGCAGGCGUACGAGGCCUGUUCGCCGGCGUGACGCCGCGCCUAACAGCGUUCAUGGCGGGCGGAUUCGUUUUUUUCGGCGUCUACGACUACAGCAAAUUGCUGGUCAACAAUUAUCUGGGGAGCUAACGAAGGUAUUUUAGAUGUACCUACUCCCGUUUAUUGUCGCCCCACGUGACAGCCGUCAUACAUGAGGCGGGGACAUGAUUCAUAUGAAUCUGUGCCCGGCGGGGAUAAAUGGGAAUACACCCUAUGACCAUUCACGCCGUUCGUGUUUUUUAGCGUCUACGACUACAGCAAACUGUUGGUCAACAACUUGGGAAGUUAACGUUUCUUCGGCUGUAUACAGGAAAUAAAACUAAAAACUGUAAAAUAAACUAGAACCACCCAAGAUAUUAAAGAUGUAACAGACUGGCGUACCAGACCGCUACUUUGGUCCGGUCGACAUGUCUUUCUCGCUUUCACUUAUCGACGACCGGUUGGCCUAGUGGGUAGUGACCCUGCCUACGAAGCUGAUGGUCCCGGGUUCAAAUCCUGGUAAGGGCAUUUAUUCGUGUGAUGAGCAUGGAUAUUUGUUCCUGAGUCAUGGGUGUUUUCUAUGUAUUUAAGUAUUUAUAAAUAUUUAUAUAUUAUAUACACCGUGUUUUUAUUGAAUUGCGUUAAGUCCGGGGUUUCGGUAAGUACGUUUAAGGAAACUAAAUGGCAUAGUUAAUUUUCAAAAAAAAAUAUUUUUUUUGUUUUUUUUUUUUACUAUUCUUAUUUUUAUAAAAAGUAACUAAAUGUUGCAUAUAGCGUUGUUGUAACA